AUGGCUUCUCCUAGCGUGUGUGCGUUAUGGAUCGUCAGGUCCAAGGCGUUGCUCAGCGCACGUUUGGCUAAUCCGUCGGCAAUCAAGGGUUUGGGCCUAAAAAGAGCUUUGGAGAACAACGUGAAGUACGUCAACAUUCGCUCUGACUCGGGUGAAGUGGUGGACUUAGUUAGCAAUCAAACCCCUCACACUCACGACGAAUGGAUGCUCAUCCAACUGCUCAAACUCAUGACCCAACGAGAUUGGCGAGUAAGCUUCCAGGUCACCGAUCGAAUGGACAACUUGAUUGCCGACGGAUUAGCCAAACGUGCGCUGAGCAACGCCUUGGGCCUGACGAUCUAUAACGCACACGCACUAAGGGAAGUCAUGGAUGCAGAUAUUGGAGACUACCAUCAAGGAGCAGGAGGAUGUGAGGAUGAAGCUAAUAUUGCAAUUAGCAGACAAUCACUUUUUAUGGCUGAAAAGGUUAUUUCGAACUUGGAAUCUUUAACCCUAAAAGACAAGAUGAUGUUAUCACAUGGACAUUUUCCUGAUAACCUGCUUCAGAAACUGAAAUUUCUGAAGUUGUGCUUCGGUGAUUCCUAUGAAGGAGGAGCUACUUUGCCUUUUAAAUUCUUUGAGAAGCUUGUGCUACUUACAGGUGUGCAAUAUUUAAAGCUUGGAGAUUGCCCUGAGCUUGGAGACAUAUGGCAUGGUGCAAUGAAAGUCCCAAAUGGAGGCUUCAAUAAGUUGAAGACUUUGAUAGUGGAUGGUUGCCAAUUUUUAUCAAAUUAUGUGAUCCCUUUUCAUUUGGUUGGCUUCCUGAGUAAAUUGGAACAUUUACGAGUACGAAAUUGUGAUUCUGUUAAAGCAAUAUUUGAAGUGGGAUCCUUGUCUUCCCCGUUCUAUAUUCCCUUGAAAUCAUUGAGCUUGCAACAACUUCCUGCUUUGGAGAACAUUUGGAACGAGGACCCUCAAGAAUUUCUCAACUUCCAAUCUCUGCAACAUGUGGAUGUUGAUAGAUGCAAAAGCCUCAAGAGCUUAUUUACAGCAUCGAUGUCCCAACGCAAACUUGAAAGCCUUGAAUUUCUAGAAGUGCGAUCUUGUGAGGGAUUGGUAGAAAUUAUUGCAAACGAUGAAACAAUCCUAAGGGGGACGGCUUCAAACUCAAUUAUGUUUCCCAAUUUAACCACAUUGCAUCUACAGAAUUUGGCACAGCUCAAGUGCAUCUUUCCCAAACUAGGUGAUCUGGAAUGGCCAAAGUUAAAGGUAUUUCAUGUAUGUCAUUGCGACCGAUUGAGAAUCUUUCCAAAACAGGGUCAUGAUCGUGUUCCAUUUGAUGUGGAAGCUAUUGUCUCAUUCGAAAAGGGUGUUCCCAACCUAGAGCAAUUGUCAUUGAACAAGGCAGACUUCUUGAAUAUUGAUUGGCGAGGAAGGUGUGAGGCAAACUUCAUUCAGAGGGUGAAAUUUCUCAUAUUGCAAUGCUUCCAUGAGGAUUCAGACAGAUUUCCAUAUGAGCUCUUUCAAAAGGGAUCACUUCCCAAUUUAGAAAAGCUUCGAGUGGGUUGUAGUAAGUUCAAAGAAAUUUUCAGCUCUCAAAAACCAAAUGCUGAUGUUGACAAUGACAUGUUGUUUGCACAUCUCAAAGGAUUGGAACUAUUUUCUCUGCCACGUCUCGAAUCCAUUGGUUUAGAGCAAUCGUUGGUUGCCCCAAUUCUUGAUAACCUUGAAUUCUUGGGAGUGCAAUAUUGUCAUCGUUUGUGGAACUUGGUACCAUCUUAUGUAUCUUUCUCAAAAUUAAGGGAAUUGCAUGUAUAUGACUGUGAUCGAUUGGCUUAUUUGUUCCCCUUGUCAACUACUGCAAGGAGAUUAGUUUUACUUGAGAAGCUGUCCAUAGUAAGGUGUGCAUCCAUAGAAGAAAUAGUUUCUGAAGACGAAGAUCGAUUUGAUGAAGAUGAUAUAACAUUCGACAAGCUCAAAACAUUGUCUCUUGUGUCUCUCCAAAGCCUCAGAUGCUUUUGCUCUGGGGAUUCUACGUUGAACUUCCCUUGUUUGGAACUUGUUACUGUCCAUGAAUGUCCCCAAAUGAGAGUUUUCUCUUAUGGAGCCAUAAAUGCAGCUGAGAAUCUGAAAAUUUCGACUGCCCCCACCAAAUGCACAAAUUUUCCUCUACAACAUUGCGGCUCGGAUCUAAAUGCCUCCAUGAAAUUGCUUUUCACCUCACAGCUUGCACAAUAUACACGUGGUGCGCAAUAUCUAUGGCUUGAAUAUCACCCUGAGCUCGAAGAGAUGUGGCAUGGUGUAAUGACUGUCCCUGAUGGAGGCUUCAGAAAGUUGAAGACUUUGAUAGUGGAUGAUUGCCCGUUUUUAUCACAUUAUGUGAUCCCUUGUCAUUUGCUCGGUCUCCUGAAUAACUUGGAAGAUUUAGAAGUACGAAAUUGUGAUUUCAUAAAGGCAAUAUUUGAGGUGGGAUCCUUGUCCACCACUCUCUCUUUUUCACUGAAAAGUAUGAUAUUGGAAGAGUUAUCCAAUCUGGAGCAAGUUUGGAGUGAGGACCCUCAAGAAAUUCUCAACUUCCAAUCUCUGCAACAUGUCUAUGUUCAAGAAUGCAGAAGCCUUAAGCGCUUGUUUCCAGCAUCAAUGUCCCAAGGCAAACUUGGAAGCCUUGAAAUACUAGAAGUUGGAUGUUGUGAGGGAUUAUUUGAGAUUGUUGCAAGCGAAGAGAUUGCCUCAACAGAAGAAGCUACCAGAAAUUUAGUCAUCUUCCCUAGCUUGAUUGAGUUGAAACUACGGGUAUUGCCAGAGCUAAAGUGUAUCUAUUCAGGACUGAACAAUGUAGAGUGGCCGAAGCUUAAGAAAUUGGAUGUAUAUCACUGUGAUCAAUUGACAAUCUUUCCAUCAAAGGGUCGUGGUCAUGUUCCAAUAGACGUGGAAGUCAUUGUCUCAUUUGAAAAGGAUUUUCCCAACCUUGAAAAAUUGUCACUAAGCAAGGCAGAAAUCAUGAAUAUCAGUUGGCAAGGAAAGUGUGAGGCAAACUUUAUUCAUCAAAGGGUGAAAUUUCUUGUGUUGCAAUGCUUUCAUGAAGAUUCAGUUGAAUUUCCAGUAUGUGAGCUUUUCCAAAAGACAUCACUUCCCAAUUUAGAAAAGCUCCAAGUGGCUUGUAGCACGUUCAAAGAAAUUUUCAGCUCCCAAAGACCUGAUUUGGAUCCUGAUAAUGACAUAUUGUUCCCACACCUCAAAGGAUUGGAACUAACUCGUCUUCGGUAUCUAGAAUCCAUUGGGUUAAAGCAGUUAUGGGUAGCCCCAAUCCUUGAAAACCUAGAAACCUUGGAGGUGGAGGAUUGUCCAUGUUUGAGGAACUUGGUACCCUCCGUUGUGUCAUUCUCAAAAUUAAGGGAAUUGCAUGUGGAUUACUGUGAUGGAUUGGUAUCCUUGUUCACAUUAUCAACUGCAAGGAGUUUAGUUUUACUUGAGGAGCUAUUCAUUGAAAGCUGUGCAUCCGUACAAGAAAUAGUGUCUAAAGAAGGAGAUGGAUCUGAUGAAGAUGAUAUAACAUUCAGUAAGCUCAAAACAUUGACUCUUGUGUCUCUCCCAAGGCUUGGUUGCUUUUACUCUGGGGAUUAUACUUUGAACUUCCCAUGUUUGGAACAUUUUACUUUUGAAGAAUGCCCUAAAAUGAGAAUUUUCUCUAAGCGUCUGCAAGUUUCAACUAGGGUUAUCUUAUCUACAUGCUUCAAUUUUCAGCCCAAUGAUGAAUUCACCUCGGAUCUAAAUGCCUCCAUAAAGUCGUUUUUUGCCUCACAGCUUGCACAAUAUAUACGUGGUGUGCAACAUUUAGGGCUUGAAUAUCACCUUGAGCUUGAAGAUAUAUGGCAUGGUGUAAUGCAAGUUCCUAAUGGAGGCUUCAGUAAGUUGAAGACUUUGACAGUGGCUGGAUGCAAAUUUUUAUCGCAUUAUGUGAUCCCUUGUCAUUUGCUUGGUUUCCUGAGUAACUUGGAAGAUUUACGAGUACAAGAUUGUGAUUCCAUAAAGGCAAUAUUUGGUUUGGGCCCCUUGUCCACGCCUUUGUCUUUUCAGCUGAAAAGAAUGACAUUGGAAGAAUUACCCAAUCUGGAGCAAGUUUGGAAUGAGGACCCUCAAGAAAUCCUCAGCUUUCAAGCUCUGCAACAUGUCCAUGUUCAUGGAUGCAAAAAACUCAAGAGCCUGUUUCCAGCAUCAAUGACCCAAUGCAAACUUGAAAGCCUCAAAGGACUGCAGAGCUUUACCGUAUAUUAG